CAGAUUACAAUCAAAUCACGUCUCCUUUAAAUAAAUAAAUCACUCGAGUGUCAGUAUCUUAAAUCUUAAUUCAUUCGCACACUCGUGUUGAAUUUAUCAGCUAUGGACCUAUGGUCAAGGUUCACAAGAACAUCAAAGGGCCUUGAAGAACAAGAAUCAUCAUCACCAUCACAGUCAGAACCAACAACGAAAAUUUCUUCCAUUUUCAUCUACCCUAUCAAAUCAUGCCGUGGGAUUUCUGUUUCCAAGGCUCCACUCACUCCUACUGGAUUUAAAUGGGAUCGGAAUUGGUUGGUGGUGAAUUCCAGAGGCAGGGCAUACACACAAAGAGUUGAGCCAAAGCUUGCUUUGGUUGAGGUUGAACUUCCAACUGAGGCAUUUGAUGAAGGUUUUGAUAUUAAGAAAGAUUCCUUUAUGGUGUUGAAAGCACCUGGAAUGCAACCUCUCAAUAUUUGUUUGAGUAAACCACAUGAAGUAGCAGAUGGUGUCUCUGUAUGGGAAUGGAAUGGAUCUGCCUGGGACGAGGGAGCCAAAGCAUCUCAGUGGUUCUCAGAUUAUUUAGGGAAACCGAGUCGACUAGUCCGGUUCAAUAAUGAUUCACAAGUUAGACCAGUGGAUCCUGAUUACGCUAAGGGUCAUCAGAUCAUGUUUUCUGAUGGUUUUCCAUUCUUACUUGCAUCUCAGGGAUCAUUGGAUGCAGUUAACCAGCAUCUCGAGGAUCCUGUGCCUAUUAAUCGGUUUAGACCCAAUAUCCUUGUUGAGGGUUGUGAACCAUUUUCCGAGGACUUGUGGACAGAGAUCAAGAUAAGCAGUUUCUCGUUUCUUGGUGUGAAGCUAUGCUCUCGUUGUAAGGUACCUUCAAUCAAUCAAGUGACCGCAAUUUCUGAACCAGAACCAAACCAAACACUGAUGAAAAUUAGGUCUGGCAAAGUCUUGAGACCAAAGGGAAAAGACCAAAACAAGACAUACUUUGGUCAGAACAUGGUUUGGAAUUGGAGAGAUUGUUAUGCAAAAAGGAAUGGCAAUGUCCUUAAUGUUGGGGAUCCUGUUUAUGUCAUGAAGAAGGUCACUUCUGCUGCUGAAGCAGCUGCUUGAAUCCUUGAACCCUUGAACUAUAUAUGUAAUCUGCACUCGUUCUAUAUA